GCUGGUCCUCUGGUACAUUUCAGAAUGCCACUGGUAAAAAGAAACAUAGACCCCAGGCACCUGUGCCACACAGCUCUACCCCGAGGUAUCAAGAAUGAAUUGGAAUGUGUCACCAAUAUCUCCUUGGCAAAUAUAAUCAGACAGCUGAGUAGCCUAAGUAAAUAUGCUGAAGAUAUAUUUGGUGAACUUUUCAAUGAAGCACACAGUUUCUCAUUUAGAGUCAACUCCUUGCAAGAACGUGUAGAUCGCUUAUCUGUCAGUGUUACACAACUCGAUCCAAAGGAAGAGGAAUUGUCACUACAGGACAUUACAAUGAGGAAAGCUUUCCGGAGUUCUACAAUUCAAGAUCAACAGCUGUUUGACCGCAAAACUCUGCCUAUUCCUUUGCAAGAAACUUAUGACAUUUGUGAACAGCCUCCUCCACUUAACAUUCUCACCCCUUACAGGGAUGAUGGAAAAGAGGGUUUGAAGUUUUAUACCAAUCCUUCAUACUUCUUUGAUCUGUGGAAGGAAAAAAUGUUGCAGGACACUGAGGACAAAAGAAAAGAAAAGAGGAAGCAGAAGCAGAAAAAUCUAGAUCGCCCUCAUGAACCAGAAAAAGUGCCAAGGGCACCUCAUGACAGACGGAGAGAGUGGCAGAAGUUAGCUCAAGGUCCGGAGCUCGCAGAAGAUGAUGCUAACCUCUUACAUAAGCACAUUGAAGUUGCUAAUGGCCCAGCUUCACAUUUCGAAUCAAGAUCUCAAGCAUAUGUGGACCAUAUGGAUGGAUCAUACUCGCUUUCUGCAUUACCCUAUAGCCAGAUGUCUGAACUUCUGAACAGAGCCGAGGAACGAGUGUUGGUCAGACCACAUGAACCACCACCACCACCACCUCCAAUGCAUGGAGCAGGAGAUGUGAAACCUGUGCCUCCCUGUGUCAGUUCUACUACUGGCUUGGUAGAAAAUCGUCCUCAGUCACCAGCAACAGGCAGAACACCAGUGUUUGUGAGCCCCACUCCUCCUCCACCACCACCACCACCUCUUCCAUCUGCUUUGUCAACUUCAUCAUUAAGAGCUGCAAUGACUUCUACCCCUCCACCUCCAGUCCCACCUCCCCCACCCCCUCCCACAGCUGCUCUGCAGGCCCCAGCUGUGCCACCUCCACCAGCUCCUCUCCAGAUAGCUCCUGGAGUUCUACAUCCAGCUCCACCUCCAAUUGCUCCUCCCCUAGCACAACCCUCUCCUCCUGUCACUAGAGCUGCUCAAGUGUGUGAAGCUGUACCCGUUCACCCAGUUCCUCCACAAGCUGAAGUACAGGGACUUCCUCCACCACCCCCACCUCCUCCCUUGCCUCCUCCUGGCAUUCGACCCUCCUCUCCUGUCACAGUUGCAGCCCUUUCUCACCCUCCUCCUGUUCUGCACCCUCCUUCCACGACCAUUGUCCCUGGCCCUCAUGCCCCCCUAAUGCCUCCGUCUCCACCAUCCCAAGUGAUUCCUGCUCCUGAACCCAAACGCCAUCCUUCAACUCUUCCUGUAAUCAGUGAUGCUAGAAGCGUUCUGCUGGAAGCAAUACGGAAAGGUAUUCAGCUACGCAAAGUUGAAGAGCAACGUGAACAAGAAGCUAAGCAUGAGCGCAUUGAGAAUGAUGUUGCUACUAUACUUUCUCGACGCAUUGCUGUGGAAUACAGUGAUUCAGAAGAUGAUUCAGAAUUUGAUGAAGUGGAUUGGUUAGAGUAA